UUCCAGGAGGAAUCACGUGGAGAUCGAUCUGAUAAGAGAAAAUAUUCUUAAAGGCGAAUCAAUAAAACCAAAAUAAGGGUGGAAGAAAACGCAGGUGCAAGGGACCGCAAAUAUUUUGUACAUGUCCUAACAAGUUCGCGCAAGUUUUGAAUUCUUAAAAAGCCCAUUGGCUGUUUUUGUGUUUUGAGCUUUUGAAAAGACAAUUCAUAUGAUUCGUCAGUUAUUAUAGUGCGUGAACAUGGAAGGACCAAUAUGUUUUUCGCAGUAUUUUGUGGAUAAACAAAAUGUGAGAUCAUUUUCUAAUAUUAUCAAAUCUAAAUUAUUAAAAAAUGAAGAUAUGGCUUCUUUUCUUCUACAUUUAUUUGAAGAUGAUGAUGUAGUAAAGGAAUUAUCAACUAAUUUUCUAACUAUGUUAACUGUUUUACGAUUGAAUCUUAGAAACAAAUCAAAACAGGAUUUUAAACAUUACUUUAUCUGUGAAGAAAACAUCACGGAGGUUUUACAUCCAGUAAGUAAAGAAGAUAUUUAUAUAAAUUGCAUGAAAGCUUUAAAAGAUAUUAUUCCAAGAAUUUUUUAUGCAAAUUGCAAUAAUAUAAAAAUUUUUGAAAAGUUAACGCAAACGAUAAUUUAUAAUAUGAAAAGACAGCACAUUAAUCUUGAAAAACAUAUUACCAAGUGGGAUUUCACUGUGGGGUGUUGGAAAUCUAUUUCUGAAAUAGUUGCCAAGAAAGUUUUACGUUUUUUAUUGAUGUGGAUUUUUCAAUAUGUUUUAUCUGGAAUGAUUUCCUUGAAUUUUUAUGUAACAACAUCUAAAAUAGAUGCCGAUGAAAAUAAACUUUUUUUCUUCAGAAAACGUGAAUGGCAAAGUUUUUAUGACAAAAAGAUCGCUAAUAUGAUAUUGAGUAAAAUAAUAAAAAGAUCAGAGUCUUAUUGUUCAGGUAAAAUGUGCAAGCGAAGUUACAGUUUUACAGAGAAAGUUAGAAUGAAAAUAAUCAGGAAAGAUAUACCAAAGUUGCAUUUAGUUUUAAAACCAAAUAAUAAUUGCCGACCAAUUGUUAGAUAUAAGAAUAAUACUUUAACAACAUCAGAAAAAUAUAAAAUGAAAGACAGAUUGCAAUUUCUUAAAACUUUAAUAGGUAAAUAUAGUAAAAAAACAGAAAUCCCAUUUUAUAAUAUUUAUCAAAAAUGGGUUAAUCUAAAUAAACCGAAACUAUAUUUUGUAAAAGCAGAUCUAAGUAACGCUUUUGGCUCAAUAAAUAGACAAGAACUUGUGAAAAUUCUCGACGAAAGAUUUUCAACACUUAUAAGUAAUGAGAAAUGCUUACGAUCGAAAGAAAAAAUCAAGCAACAGUAUAAAGAUCUGAUAGUAGAGUUAAGUAAACCGAUUUUAGUUCGCGCCGGUUCCACAGUUUUCGAAUGGAAAGCGGGUUUAGUGCAAGGGUAUAAGUACUCGCCAGCGCUUUCGGAACUGUACUACACUCAUAAAGAUGAACUAUAUUUUAAUGAGCAUCUCCAGAAAUCUAAAACUGAAAUACAUUUAUUUACAAGAGUUGUAGAUGACUAUUUAUAUAUAACAGAUUCACUUAUAGAUGCUCAAUCAUUUUUGGAAGCUCUUUCUAAGUAUAAAAAUAUUAAUUAUGAAAAGACCAUUGUCAACUUUAAUCAUCCGACAAUCAAGUUUAGUGACGAAAUCACUUUUCUUGGCUAUACAUACGAUACAAAGACUAUUCAAGUGAGAAGAGCUAGCAACAUUUAUUUUGGUCAAAUAUGCUACAAAAUAAGUUUUUCUCAAGCUAUAAUGAAUAUUAGCAAAUUUCUUGAGCAACGUAUUGGUCAGUCCAGUAUUCAAAUUAACUCUCAUAUAUUUAAUUUGCACUAUAACAGCGAAAAAGCUGUAUGGAGACACAUAUUUACCACUCUUUGUCUAUCUGCAAACAAGUUUUGCACAAUUUUAGCUAUUCUCUGCGAGGCAGAUGAGAUGAAAAAUUAUUUAGUAGUUUACAAGAAGCGCAUAACAGUUCGUUUGUGUAAUGCUAUGAUAGAUAUGCUUCUGAGGAAUAAACCUGCAGACAUACCUUUUAUUUAUUGUAUAAAUCACUUUCGUUAUUUGUCGUGGAAGGCGUUGAAUUUGUGCGCGCAGAAAACCUCAAAAUGUAAUGGGCUGGUCCCGCUGAUUAAUGAUGAAAUGGCUAAAGCUAAUUGUAUAUUUGGGAAGUGGAAGGAUCACGCGUGUAGGAUCGGCAGUAAUGGUGCUAAUUUACGUCCGGCUGUAAAGGAAGUGUGUCGAAGGACAGAUUUGAGGAUUAUUGUGAAAGGUUUUGUUACUUUACCCGACGGGUUACAAUGUUAUAAUCGUCGUAAAAUGAUGUGCGGUUCGUAAAGAUAUCUAUUUAUUUGCACAAAUGUAAUUCGGUGCCGGAGGUUUUUUUUUAAUGAAGAUGUAUAAAUUAAUGUAUAUACAGACUUACAUUGUAUAAGAUAUUACAAUAUCCUAUUAUGAUUAGUGAUUGUAAAAUUAAGUGGAUUGAUCAGUUAUUAAACGAAUAAAACAAUCUCUCAGUGA